UGUCCCAGUCCAGUUAUCAACUAACCCAUCCAACCACAUGUCUGGUCUUGCUAUUCUGCAACGACAGACAGCCACUCCGUAAGAGAAAUGGAAAUGCCUCGCUUGCUACUUCCUUGAGAUAUAUGCCACUGAAGAUUUUGUUCUUUUGGGACCUGACUUUUUUUUUAGUCUUGUUUUCUCUUCAUUUCUUUCCUGGCCCGCAACAGCUUCUCGAUAGCACCCCAAACCUGGUGCACAACCAUCUACUUGCCUAUCAAAUGUCUUGACCGCCGUGUUCAAGAACGUAUAACCAUGGCGGACGCCGACGCGGGGCAGUCAGGCUCCGUGCCGGUGGAGGGCGAGGAGCAGUUCUGGCAAGAAAUGGAAAACAUACUCUCGGCAAAAUGCUCCAGUUUCGAGUCGAUCGACGACGUCCUACGCUCUUGGCUGUACCUGGUGGCGUCGUGCCGGGAACUCUACCUCUCGACCGAGGACGACGUGGCGGCCUGCUCGCAGCGGCUCCGGGACAGCGACGUGUUUGGCUGCAACAGCGAGUACGUGCGGACGCAGAUCAUCUACAGCCUGCUGCAGGAGGACGAGGCGGGGCCGCUGCACGUCAUUGCCAACUUUCUGCUGCUCGACGGCCGCUCCGACGAGGUUAUGCUCCGCCGCAUGAUCGACGACGGCUGCUUCCCGCGCCUGGUCGAGCUCAUCAACGGCACGCGCGACAACGACCGCCGCCUGCACCGUCUGCUGCUCGAGCUCGUGUACGAGAUGUCGCGCAUCGAACGCAUCAGCUCCGAGGACCUGAUGCAGGUGACGGACGAGUUUGUCCAGUACAUGUUUCAGGUCAUUGAGAGUCUUUCCGACGACGUCGAUGACCCGUAUCACUACCCAAUAAUACGUGUUUUGCUAGUCUUGAACGAACAGUAUAUGGUGGCAUCUACCAUGCGCUCAAACGAGCCGCCGUUGACGAAUCGAGUCAUCAAGGUUCUGAGCAUGCGUGGACCUGAUUUCAGAACUUUCGGAGAGAAUAUAAUUCUGUUGCUGAACCGUGAGACUGAAACUUCAUUGCAACUUUUGAUACUGAAGCUUCUCUAUCUGUUGUUCACAACCAAAGCGACCUACGAGUACUUCUACACAAAUGACCUCCGGGUACUCUUGGAUGUCAUCAUCCGUAACCUUUUAGACUUGCCCAAUGAGUCGUCUGCUUUGCGGCAUACCUAUCUGCGUGUUUUAUACCCGCUCCUGGCGCACACGCAGUUGAGCAACCCACCUCACUACAAGCGCGAGGAGUUGAUAAGGGUGGUGCGCAUAUUAGGCGGGGCGGAGAAUGCACACUUCGCGCCGGCCGACGAUACUACCUUGCGCCUGGUAGACCGUGUGUCCAAGGUCAAGUGGCUGGGGUUAGAACCCAAGGAACUGUCACCAGUGGGCAGUGGAGAGAGCGAGGUGGCUCGCAAACUUAUUGGAAUCAGCCUUUCUGAGUCGCAAAUCGGGAGUUCUGUUAGUGUCAGUGACGUCGCGGCCGUGAUGGAAAAGCCCGGUGUCCAGACACCUAGUCGUAGGGCCGAUCAUGCACUGGGGGCCAAGAAACCUUUAAUGGCGUCGGACGCAAACACCACGAAGCCCGACGAGGAGACCGCCAAAGCAGUCACGAAACCCAAGAGGGUGCGGCCAGAAGUGCCCAAGCACCGGCAUGGCAAGCUUUUGGUGCCGGCACAGCCAGUCACGAGCAGUUUGGUGAACAGCCUGUGCGAAAGCGCCGACGAAUCUGGUACUGAUAGCUGUACAAGCACGACGACCAAGACACACUCGAAUAAAAAGGUGCCUCCGAAAGCGCCUCCACCUCGGCGCACAACGCGGCUGAAACAGGCAGCAUCCGCUGCGAAUCUUAGGGGGCCAGAAACGACUUCUGUUUCCUAGAAGGGAAUUUAUGCGACCACGAACGGGAGGCUGCACAGACGGUUGUCAACAAGCGCGAGCAUUCCUGGCGUGGACGAUGACGAAAGCCUGCUUUGUGGUCUUAUUGUACGCCGUCGGCAGGGGCGUUAGUUAUAUAUACAGUUUGUGUGUGAUUUUGCAAUGUUUCAUUGCGAACGGGAAUACAGAAAUGCGUCUUGCGGAUUUGGUAUUACGACGACAUGGGCAUAUCAUAGCACUGGGCGCAGCAGUUUUCCUUUGAUUGGGUUGUUCUUUUUUGUUUUGCAGUUUUCGCAAUUCACAUUCUGGGUUUCUGGCGUUGGAUCGUUGAAAACUACUAUUGACCACGAUUUUUAUUUUCGCCUAGUGUUAUUGAUGGUGGACUUUUGCUCAAAAACAUGCGUAUUCCUUUUUGUUUAGAUUGCUCUUAUAAGUCGGGCCGCAAUACCCAUGAUUCCUCACAGAAUACCUAUCCUGGAAUAAGAAAAUCACGCGGACGCUUGAAC